AUGGACUUCUUAUUUGUAUUGUUGUUGUUGGGUUGCUUCUGUUCUUUUGUGUUGUCUGAUCAGCAAGGAGAUGCACUGAUUGCAUUGAAGUUUUCACUGAAUGCUUCAGGUCAACAGCUUACUGACUGGAAUGAAAAUCAAGUCAACCCUUGUACUUGGUCACGUAUUAACUGUAAUCAAAACAACAAUGUUUUUGAAGUUUCAUUGGCGAUGAUGGGAUUCACAGGAUACUUGACCCCUAGGAUAGGAGCUCUGAAAUAUCUCAAAUUUCUUUCUUUGCAAGGAAAUGGCAUUACUGGUGACAUACCAAAAGAAUUCGGAAACCUGACAAGCUUGGUCAGGUUGGAUUUGGAGAACAACAGAUUAACUGGUGAAAUACCGUCUUCCCUUGGUAAUCUUAAAAAGCUCCAAUUCUUGACAUUGGGUCAAAACAAUCUCACUGGGACUAUUCCUGAAUCCCUUGCCAGUAUUUCAAGCUUGACCGAAAUUCAGCUAGAUUCAAAUAGUCUCAGCGGCCAAAUUCCUCAGAAGUUAUUUGAAAUUUCUAAAUACAAUUUCAGUGGAAAUAAUUUGAAUUGUGGUGUGAAUUAUGCUCAACCUUGCACAUAUAAUAAUUCAGAACAAGGUUCAUCACACAAACCAACAGGCCUCAUAAUCGGAAUUACCAUAGCACUUGUAGCUAUCCUUGUUAUUGGUGCUCUCCUAUUAUUUUGGUGCAAGGGUAGACACAAGGGCUACAAGCGUGAAGUUUUUGUAGAUGUUGCAGGUGAAGUUGAUCGGCGAAUUGCAUUUGGGCAAUUAAGAAGAUUUGCAUGGAGAGAACUACAAAUAGCUACCGACAACUUCAGUGAGAAAAAUGUUUUAGGACAGGGAGGCUUUGGAAAGGUUUAUAAAGGCGUCCUUUCGGAUAACACAAAAGUUGCUGUUAAAAGGUUAACUGAUUAUGAAAGCCCUGGGGGAGAUGUAGCUUUCCAGCGUGAAGUUGAGAUGAUAAGCGUAGCAGUUCAUCGGAACUUGUUACGGCUGAUUGGAUAUUGUACUACUCCAACCGAACGCCUUUUAGUUUAUCCCUUCAUGCAGAACUUAAGUCUCGCGUAUCGUCUACGAGAACUCAAACCCGGGGAACUUGUUUUGGGUUGGCCAACAAGAAAACAGGUAGCUCUGGGAACUGCACGGGGCCUAGAAUAUCUUCACGAGCAUUGCAAUCCUAAAAUUAUUCAUCGGGACGUGAAGGCAGCUAAUGUAUUACUCGACGAAGAUUUUGAAGCAGUUGUCGGCGACUUUGGUUUGGCAAAGUUAGUAGAUGUUCGAAAGACUAACGUGACAACUCAAGUUCGUGGGACAAUGGGCCAUAUAGCUCCUGAAUAUUUAUCGACCGGAAAGUCCUCAGAAAGGACUGAUGUUUUUGGCUACGGGAUUAUGCUUCUGGAGCUUGUUACAGGCCAACGCGCAAUUGACUUCUCACGUUUGGAAGAGGAAGAUGAUGUGCUGUUACUUGACCAUGUUAAGAAAUUGGAGCGGGAGAAAAGACUAGAAGUUAUUGUUGAUCGCAACCUAAAUAAAAACUACAACAUACAAGAGGUAGAAAUGAUGAUAAAAGUUGCGUUACUGUGCACUCAAGCAACGCCGGAAGACCGUCCACUAAUGUCGGAGGUUGUAAGAAUGCUAGAAGGCGAAGGGUUGGCUGAAAGGUGGGAAGAAUGGCAACACGUGGAGGUGAACCGGAGACAAGAAUACGAGAGACUACAAAGAAGAUUUGAUUGGGGAGAAGAUUCGGUAUAUAAUCAAGAUGCCAUUGAGUUGUCUGGUGGCAGAUAA